UUGAUCACGCUUUAUGAUCCCUUUAAACACUCGGAUAUUCACUUCCCAGUUUCUGAUAACAAACUUUCUGAUGUCAACAACAUUCCUGGUUUCAGACCUCGCCAUAUCAAUGCCAACUCGUCUAUUAGCCAAAGCAAUUUCAAUUCGAGUACCACAAGCAACAGAAAUAAUAUCAGUACCGCGAGUUCAUCGUAUCAGCCAAGAGCUCUAGCCACAUCACAAUCGUCAGAUAAUAACAGUGUUCGAGGUCUGGCACCAACUAGGGGUUCUCGACGAAACACAGUUAACAAUUUUAUGACAAGACCAUCACUGCAUUCCACAACUCUGAACACCACAUGCGGUCGAUCUGAACAACAACUUCAAAACAUACUUCGAGAUUGCUCAUCGGAAGUAAUUGAUAAGAUGAAAAUGAUUUACGAACGCAAGAGAAAAGACAAAGAACGUGUUGCUUUGAAACUUUUCGCCCGUUUGCCAUUGGAUCGGCAGAAGGAAUUCCUUGAUAUGCAAACUCACGAGCAGGAGCGUUCGUCAAGACCAGAACGUCACCUCGUUGAUUUUGUUCGUGACGAAAUGGGACCAUCCAUUUGUGACGAUCUUCUGCAGCAAACACACCUUUCAGCACUUGGCAUUGGUGGUGAUACGUCCGAAGACGAUGAAGUGUUCCGCUAUGAUUCUCCUUUGGAAGAAGUUGACGAGGAAAAUGAGCAAGAUGAGCACAUGCAAUCGCCACAACCAAACAUAUCAGCAUCAACUGCACGACUGAAAACACCGAGACGUAAUGCGAAUAUGUCGUGUGGUCCCAAUAUGUCCCAAAAUCAUAAUCAAACCCAACAAAAUGUUUCAAUGAAAAACGAUGAAACAACAAACUCAACACCAACUUCAAGAGCACCAUGGGAGAAGACUUCGUUCGCUGAGCGGGAGACGGAGUUGAUGGCAGACGACGAGACAAAUCAACACAGUAAUUUCGGCUUAGCCAAUCAGAAGACGCCAUUGGCUUCCUCUUCAUUAGCAGUUAUUCCGGUAAUCGCAUUGUACACUCGUUGUUACUGNUACUGUAGUCUAUGA